AUGUACACGGCAACCGAAUGCAUUGAAAACCCUCUUGGAGUUGUCAAAAAACUCUUUGACGCGCACAAGGGUUCUACUAAUGUUGGAAUUGGUAAUGAUUAUGAAGUCUCUAAAAACUUCAAAAAUGUGUUUGCGACAGAGGAGACUAUAAAACUGAUUCCAUCAAUAAAUGAUAUUUGCGCCGACAACAUUCCUUCAAAUACGUUAGUUCGAUUUCGAUGUAUGAUUCAGAAUACAGGACUUGGACACGAAAUGUAUUUGAACGUGUUUGAGACGUUUGAUUCGAGUGGCACUAAACGACGACUUUCUUCAAGAAAUAACAGUAAUGUCAUUAAGAAAAAGCCAAACGAUGAUGAUAGCGUGGAAGAUCUUGAUCGAUUAGCAGCAAAUCUAAAUCUUUUUUAUGAUGAACAAAAACAUCUACAAGAUCACCAUCGUCGUCAACUUGAAAAAAGUUAUGUGGCUUCAAAGUUUCCUUUUCCGGAUGAAAGUCAUGUGUCUGCUAUCGUGAAGGUUUAUGAAAAAAAUGAUUCACUCAAAGUAGGCGAUGUCAUAGAGUUUAUUGGUGUAUUGGAACAUUUUACAUGGAAGGAUUCAGGCAACAAUGACGAAUUCAAUCCGUCAAAUGAUUUUAUUGAUCCAACCUUACUUUUAAGAGUUCCCCGUCUUCACGCAAUCUUUUAUAGAAAACUGCAUCAGUCGAGUAAUCCAUUGAUUUCAGAAAUGAAUUUGAAAAAUACUACCUUGAAAGUUCAAGAAGCUGCAAGAGGUACACGAAACUCGUUGAUUCAGUAUAUUGCAUCAGCAUUUGCCGGGGAUUUACUCGUAGCUGAAUUUGUUUUAUUGCAACUCCUUUCCAGAAUAUACAAUCGUCGAGACGGCAUAACACUCGGAAAAUUCGGAAUUAACAUCACAAAUAUUCCAUCUUUACAAAUAGACGAAGGCACAUCCUCAUCGGAAACAUACCCAUUGCCCUUAUCACACACUAAUCUUUUUACACGAAAUGUGGCCACGAUAUUAUCGUCAGUCCUGACAAAGUAUCAUGAUCUACCAUUGACACUUUCCACUCUUAAUAACGUGUUUUUCUAUCCGAGAUGUGAUGGUGUUUUGGAUUCGGGUGUGUUUCAAGUGAGCGAUGGGACUUUUUUCUUGGUUGAUGAGACGGUGUUGAAAGAGGGCACAUUGGGUGAUACCGGUGUCCGUAAUAUGCAGACAUUGACUGAUAUCCUAAAUACUCAAAAGCUAAAUUACUUGUUCCCAUUCAAUAAAUUUCAAUUCAAUAUCGACAUUGGACUAAUAAUCCUCUCAACUGCUAAAUCCUUUUUCCCGGCUGAUUGUGUCAUUCCUUUAAAGCCUUUGAACACCAAAGAAGCAAUGCCGUUACUUUCUGAGGAAACGCUAACAGAAUUCCGAAAGUACAUUAGUAUAAUGCGGUACUCGGAUUACUCAAUCUCCGAGUCAAUCUCUGAGUUUGUGCAAGAUGAUUUUGUAAAACAACGACAAAUAGCUGCGAGGAAUGGCAGGUCAUUAAUGACGCCAGACGAUUUGUUCCUGCAGAUGAAUCUUGCGAGAUUGAUUACUCUAAGUUUUGGAGAAACGGAGUUGACGACGGAAAUAUGGGAGUAUACUCAAAAAUUGGAACAUGCCCGAAAAGAACUGUAUUAUGCUGGGAUUAUACCAAGUCGGUUUUUCAAAACACUGGUGGGGCAGGACUGGUACAGUUUUAAGUCAAUAGUUGCAUUAUCUAUUGCUGUUACGCUGAGCGCCGCUUUGGCAAAAAGCUUGGUUAAGUUUAUGGGUGGUCUUUUUGCAUUAACGAUAAGAAGAAUAUUAACUAUACAUAUGCAACGACGAUAUGUGCAAAAAAAUACAUUUUACCCUCUAUUGACAAACCUAACAAAUAUUGAUAAUCCGGACCAACGAAUAGUUCAAGAUAUUGAUAAAUUUGCAGAAACUUUACGAUUAAUCUGCGAAGUCAUAUUAAUUUCACCUAUUAUUAUCGCCUACUAUACAUACCUAUGCUGCCGAUUUUUCAUUGCGCCUAUUGUGAAUCUGGUAUUUAUGAAAGAGUAUCACGAAGGAAAUUUUAGAUAUUUACACGUGAGAAUACGUCAGUUUGCGGAAUCUAUCGCAUUCAGUGGGGGUGAACGGGCAGAGGUAAAAAGCCUAGAUUCCCGUUUACGAUCUGUUCUAUAUUACCAAAGAAAGAUCAUCGAUAAAGAAUUAUCAUUACAAGUUAUCACCGACUCAUUCGCUUACUUUGGAUCGGUCUUGAGCUACCUGCUCAUCGCUAUUCCUAUAUUCAGCCAGAAGUACGAAGGGAUCGGGAAAGACGAACUUAGUAGAAUAAUAAGUUUGAACGCGUUCAUGUCAAUGUAUCUCAUAUAUAGAUUCACCGUAAUUGUACAACAGUCAAGCAAAUUAUCAGAUUUAGCGGGUUACACGGCGCGUAUCGGGCAACUAAUGGAGGCGAUCUCCGAUAUUAAUAAUGAACUGGAUAAUGUAAAUAUUGAUUUUCCAGCAGAAUUGGCAAUAGAAUUUGAAAACGUGACAAUUAGUUCUCCCACCGGUACAGUACUAAUUUCCGACCUCAAAUUCGUGAUCGAGCAAGAAAAAAAUGUUAUGAUUAUUGGACCCAACGGAAGCGGCAAGACGUCAAUUCUGAGAGUGAUGAGCGGCCUCUGGCCAGUCACGCGAGGAUGUGUCGUGUUGCCACAAAAAAAUACUAGGCAAAAGGUUUUGAUGUAUUUGCCGCAAACGCCGUAUUUGGUUUUUGGAUCGUUACGUGAUCAAAUAAUUUACCCGAUGACUAGUUCUGAUAAACAAGUUAAAAUCACAGACGACGAAAUUCGAUCAUUAUUAUCACUUGUUAAUUUAUCACACAUUGAAAGUGUCGUACGGAGUUUUGAUAUAAAGUAUGGACAAGAUUGGGAGAGAAUGUUGACCCCUGGGGAACAACAGAAGCUGGCAUUUGCUCGAUUAUUUUUCUGGAAGCCUGUUUUCGCAGGAAUUGAUGAAGCAAGCAGCGCUCUCGACUCAAAUACCGAGGCACAAUUUUUCGAAACAUGUAAAGAAUAUGGCAUCACUUGUAUCACCGUAUCGCAUAAUAAGAACUUGUUGCAGUUCCAUGAAAAAGUGCUGUUAUUGGAUGGUAAGGGGCGGUAUGCGACUAGUGAUAUAGAUAUAAAUGGGUCGAAGGAUAUUGAACGGUGGAUCGAGGGUACAUUGAAAUCACUAUCGUAG